AGGGACAAGGAGGCAGGACUGAGAGGGGAGGGGACAGAGAGGUGUGUCCUGAGCACAGACCCCACCCAUGAGCCUGAGAAGUGCUCCUGCCCUGGGAAGAGGCUCAGUGCAGAAGGAGGAAGGACAGCACAGCUGACAGUCGUGAUCUGAAAGUUUCUGGAUCCCAGGCUCAUCUCCACAUAGGAGGACACGCAGGCAGCAGAGACCAUGGUGCUUCCCUCAGCCCCUCCCUGCAGAUGGCACGUCCCCUGGCAGGGCCUCCUGCUCACAGCCUCACUUUUUACCUUCUGGAACCCGCCCACCACUGCCCAGCUCAGUACUGAAGCUGUGCCGCCGAAUGCUGCAGAGGGGAAGGAUGUUCUUCUGCUUGUCCACAAUCUGCCCCAGGACCCUCUUGGCUACAACUGGUACAAAGGGGAAAUGGUGGAUGCCAAACAGCGAAUUAUAGGAUAUGUAGUGAGAUCUCAAAUAACUACCACAGGGCCCGCAUACAGCGGUCGAGAGACAGUGUACCCCAAUGCAUCCCUACUGAUGCAGAAUGUCACCAGAAAUGACACAGGAUUCUACACUCUACAAGUCAUAAAGCUAGAUCUUGUGAAUGAAGAAGUAACGGGCCAGUUCAGCGUACACCUGGAGCUGUCCAAGCCCUACAUCACCAGCAACAACUCCAGCCCUGUGGAGAACAAGGAUGCUGUGGCCUUAACCUGUGAACCUGAGACUCAGGACACAACCUACCUGUGGUGGGUAAAUGGUCAGAGCCUCCUGGUCAGUCCCAGGCUGCAGCUGUCCAGUGACAACAGGACCCUCACUCUACUCAGAGUCACAAGGAAUGACACAGGACCCUAUGAGUGUGAAAUACAGAACCCAGUGAGUGCGAACUUCAGUGACCCAGUCACCCUGAAUGUCCUCUAUGGCCCAGAUGCCCCCAUCAUUUCCCCUUCAAACACCUAUUACUACCCAGGAGGAAAUCUCAGCCUCUCCUGCCAUGCAGCCUCUAAUCCAGCCUCACAGUAUUCUUGGUCUGUAAAUGGCACAUUCCAGCAAAACAAACAAAAGCUCUUUAUCCCCAAUAUUACUGUGAAGAACAGUGGAUCCUACACCUGCCACGCCAUGAACCCAGCCACUGGCCGCAACAGGACCACAGUCAAGAUGAUCACAGUGUCUGAGGCUUCAGUACCAGAUAGUUCUCCUGUCCUCUCAGCUGGGGCCACUUUCAGCAUCAUGAUUGGAGUGCUGGCCAGGGUGGCUCUGAUAUAGCAGCCCUGGUGUGGUUUCUGCAUUUCAGAAAGACUGGCAGACAAUUGUUUUUAUUCUUCCUCAAAUUUGCAAAGCAUUUGCAAUCAGCUACUAUCCAAAAUUUCAUCUUCUUCAAGGAGGUUUAUGGAAAAGACUCUGACAAGUACUCUUGAAUACAAGUUUUUGUUAAGAUCAUACCACUGGACUGUCUAAGAAUUUGCAAACGGGCUGAUGCCUUCGUGAAAUUGCCAAUCAAAACAGAAGAAAAAAAAACAAUUUCACUGAACUAAAUAAUAAUGAGGAUGUUUUUAAAAUUUUGUAUUUGAAAAUUUGCUAAUUCUUUAAGUGUUUUCUUUUUCAGAUUUAUU